CCAAGAUGGCGCCCCCAGGAGCUGGGAGCGGGUGACCGGCGGCGGGGAAGCGGCCUGGGCUGGCCCUCAGAUUGCGGGGUCCCGGGGGCCUGUCGCGGGGCCCCCCCCGUGACCCACCGACCAGGCCUUCCCCCGGGCCGGAGCGAUGGCCGCCGAGAACAGCAAGCAGUUCUGGAAGAGGAGCGCCAAGCUGCCGGGGAGCAUUCAGCCUGUGUAUGGGGCUCAGCACCCUCCUCUGGAUCCUCGGCUCACGAAAAACUUCAUCAAAGAACGGUCGAAAGUCAACUCAGUUCCUCUGAAGAACAAGAAGGCCUCCAGUUUCCACGAGUUUGCCCGGAAUACCAGUGACGCCUGGGACAUUGGUGAUGAUGAGGAGGAGGACUUCUCCUCGCCUCCUUUCCAGACUCUGAACUCGAAAGUGGCUUUGGCGACUGCAGCCCAAGUCCUAGAAAACCACAGUAAGCUGAGGGUAAAACCGGAACGGUCGCAGUCGACAACAUCAGACGUCCCCGCCAACUACAAGGUCAUAAAGUCCAGCAGUGACGCCCAGCUGUCCCGAAACUCCAGUGACACGUGCCUGAGGAACCCGCUCCACAAACAGCAGUCUCUCCCUCUCCGACCCAUCAUCCCCCUUGUCGCCCGGAUCUCAGACCAGAAUGCUUCUGGAGCUCCUCCGAUGACAGUCCGGGAGAAAACGCGCCUCGAAAAGUUUCGCCAGCUGCUUUCCAGCCACAACACUGACCUAGAUGAAUUGAGGAAGUGGAGCUGGCCAGGCGUGCCCAGGGAAGUUCGACCAGUGACCUGGAGACUGCUGUCGGGCUACCUUCCGGCAAACACCGAGCGGCGGAAGUUGACCCUGCAGCGGAAGCGGGAGGAGUACUUUGGCUUCAUUGAGCAGUAUUAUGACUCUCGGAAUGAAGAGCACCAUCAGGAUACCUACAGACAGAUUCACAUUGACAUUCCAAGGACGAACCCUCUCAUCCCCUUGUUCCAGCAGCCGCUCGUCCAGGAGAUCUUUGAACGAAUUCUCUUUAUCUGGGCCAUCCGACACCCCGCCAGUGGGUAUGUCCAGGGAAUUAAUGACCUGGUCACUCCGUUCUUUGUCGUCUUCCUCUCGGAAUAUGUGGAAGAGGACGUGGAGAACUUUGACGUGACCAACUUGUCUCAGGACAUGCUGAGAAGCAUUGAAGCCGACAGCUUCUGGUGCAUGAGCAAGCUGCUGGACGGGAUACAGGAUAAUUACACGUUUGCACAGCCAGGGAUCCAGAAGAAGGUCAAGGCGCUGGAAGAGCUCGUCAGCCGGAUCGAUGAGCAGGUACACAGUCACUUCAGGAGGUACGAGGUGGAGUACCUGCAGUUUGCCUUUCGGUGGAUGAACAACCUGCUGAUGCGGGAACUUCCCCUACGCUGUACCAUCCGCCUGUGGGACACAUACCAGUCUGAGCCAGAAGGCUUCUCGCACUUCCAUCUCUAUGUCUGCGCCGCCUUCUUGAUCAAGUGGAGGAAGGAGAUUUUGGAUGAGGAAGACUUUCAGGGCCUCCUCAUGCUGCUGCAGAACCUGCCCACAAUCCACUGGGGCAACGAGGAGAUCGGGCUGCUGCUGGCUGAGGCCUACAGACUCAAGUACAUGUUUGCAGACGCCCCCAACCACUACCGCCGAUAGGUGCUGUCUCCCCUGGGGACCCAGACUGCCCCCAUCUCUGAUGGCAAUUUCAUCACUGUGGCCACCGUGGACCCCGGCCAGGAACCACUCCAGCUGUACAAAGCUCGCCCCACACCGCAGCCGCAGCCACCACCACCGCCACCCAGGUCUUAACAUCCCAGCAUCCGUCACUUCGUCUCUGGGUGUGUCUGGGACGACUGUCAGUAUUCUGUGCCGUGUGGAUGGGCCCGGCUCUGGGAGAGGGCCGAGAGGAGGUGAGAGUUGUCUUUCCCUCUGGAAGACACUGGACAAAGGAAGGGGAGGCCUUGGGUCUGCCCCACAGUGUCCCACACGCACCCGCCGGCCGGCUCUGCCCGGGAACCAACUGGGGAUGCUUUCUUUUACUUUCUUUUUUUAAACAAGGAAAACACACAUUUUCUAAUCUGCCCAAGGCAUAGGACAUUAGGCUCUAUGCUGUUGCUUCCGUGACUCAGUUUGAUCUGGUCACUGGUCAGAGACACUUUGUUUUCAAAACACUCCCCGCCUCCCUCCCCCUCAUUUCCCCUUGUCCUCCAGUCCCAGAUGAGCCAGUGACACAGUGAGUGAGCCCUUCCUUCUCAGGCGGAGGAGACAGGCCUAUGCUCAAGGGCUGGGAAAUAUGUUUGUCCUAUCGUCAUAGAUUAUCUGUUCCCUUGUGAGUGGAGUGUGCCUGAGUGUGAGUGUGUGUGUGUGUGUGUGUACACGCGAGCACAUGAGUUGUAUGUAUGUGAGUGUGGGUAUGUGAGCAUGUAUGUGUGCCCGCUCACACACACACAUGACUGUGAGGGUGUGUGCAUGGUGUGUGUGUGCGUGUACAAGCCCAUCAGCAUUUUGUCACAUGUCUGAAUUUGUGUCCAGACUAACCCAUCAGAACCGGUUGGGAAGGACCCCAGGGACCAAGCAUCUGAUGGUCCCUCAAGAGGGACCAGGGCAGGGGAGGGAGAAAGAGGGUUGUUUAGUUCUGUUUGAACCACCUCUUGGAACCCUAUUUCCAGGGUGAAGCACUCCAAGAUAUUAUGUGUAAAUUGUGUUAUUAUGUAUAUGGGUAAAGGUGUACAAAUCUACGGCCUCUUUGUAGCAGAGAGGAUUUUAUAUUUAUAGCGUGCAUUGACACGUGAAAGCCAGCUAGGUCAUCAGCACAGAUGAAGAUGCUUAGGGGAGGGGCCUGGGGCCUGGAGGAAGUGGCUGGAGGGUGUGGUCAACAAUCAGUGUCUCCAUCUUCCCCCUCCCCUUUCUUCCAUCCCUCCGUGGCCUCUGUCGAGGACCUGCUCUGUCUUUCCCUUCUCCUCACCCCAGGAAGGACUGUAGAGGCAGAAGGCCUCCCUCAGGUUUGCCGGCCCAGCCUAUAUGUCUUCUCAGUGUAAGUCAGCACUGUGGUCAGGACGGAGCUGGCUGACAAGUCAGUGGCAAGAGAAGGGUCCCUGUGUGUCCCCAAGACCGGGAGCUCUUCCUGGAACGUGGCAUUAAGUGUCCCCUACUGUCACCAUCACACCCCGAGGCUCAGGAGACAAGGACACACCCUAGAGUUCUGGCGUUUGGUAGCGGAGAAAGGACGGAGACAGGCCAGUGGUCGUCCCCUUGUGGUGCCAGGCAGAGUUCCCAGGUGUGACACCCUGAAGCUCACUUCCUGUUCACCUCGGGCCACACCUCACCCCUGUGAGUUAGCUCCCUCAGCCAGGCUGUUUCUCAGGCGUUCUUCCCAUCCCCACCCUCCCCUCCUGCACCUCAGUAGCCUCCUUCACUCUCUGACCCCCCCUCGGUCACACUGAGUAAAGACAGAGACUUGUGUUCCCAAGUGGUGGUUUUAUUUUUGUAGUUUAUGUCUGUCUGGGAAACUGUGGAUAAAGUGAAUGGACUGUAAAUAAAUGGUGUUUCCUCCUC